GGCACUUAUAGCGACAACCCAAUAGACAUGGCCCCUGCAACCACGUUGGUGCCCUAAUUUUCUCCGACAGAAAAUUUUCAAUUCCAAGAAUCGUCAACACCUAACUCCGACUUACCCUAUAUCGACCCGAACAUAGUGUCCCGAGUGGAGCAACAGUGGCGCUCAAGCUCGGACGCAACCCGAAAUGAUCUCCAUGUUUGGAUUUUUAUUGAUAGUGUGGUCUAUGAUUGCACCAACUUUCAGCAAGAACACCCCGGUGGUGUCGAUGUCAUUCAACCCUUCGUCGGCCAAGACUGCUCGUGGCAGUUUUAGCGAUUCCAUGAUCGAGGGCAUUUGCGAGAUUAUGGGAGACCCCUUCGUACCGGACGGACGAGUGGGAUUCAAAAUCGCUUUAUACAAACGCCCGCGAUAUGUAGGACUGAGUACUUUGGGGGACGAUUAGUAGUGGAUAGUCCCAGGUAUAAUCCUCUGCUGUUUUAUUCUUAAACUGGUUUUAUUCUUAAAGAAUUUCGGAAGCUAUCUAUCGGUGACAUACUCAGAGGUCUACAUGUAACAUAUAUGGAUAGAGGCAUAUAUUACCGGACUAUCACCCUGUACAUACAUUCCCUUACACCCAAAAUCCAGAGAAUAGAGGUCAAUGAUAUGUUGCUCUAUCCUUU